UUUUAGUAGAGGUGUUGAUUUCCCACCUUCCUGUUGGAGCACCUGGUCUGCGUAUCAGCUGGUUGUACGCGAUCCUAAAUAGAUUUCUGUGAUGGCUGAUCAUUUGUCUGUAAUUUUCACAUCCAAAACCAAAAACGGGACCUGUAACUGUCUUGGCCUGUGUGACAAGAAGAUGAAGAUUCGCAGUGUCAGGUUGACGGAACUUGUUUUGAUCAUAGUCCUCUUCUGUGCGGCGUGUUGUCUGUUUGUGUGGUGGAUACGGACUCCCAGCGUCUGUUCCGGUUCAUCUUCCACUAGUCUACCUGUAGCGGGACAGUCAGAAAACCGAGCCGCCCAGUCGAAGAUCCCAGUGUACAUAAUGGAGGAACACCACGAGGUAAUAAAGUACUGGUACGGCGCCGCUAACCAGGGGUAUAUUCCGAAGUCUGGAAAUGUGCUGCUUCACAUAGACGGCCAUUCUGAUGGAGCACCUCCUCCCAAAUGGAAGCUUGGGCCUCUCUUUCGAUAUCCAAUCAGCAACCACGAGCUUACCAACAUGAUGCAGCAAAACGACGUCUUUGUUGUAGCUUCUGCGCUAACGGGUUUCAUCAGUCGGUACAUCUGGGUGUGGCCCGCGUGGAACACGAAGAGUGUGGAGGGGCAGAGUAAACACGAAUACGCCUCCUUCGCUGCGCGUUAUGGCGCCAUGUACCGCAAUGACUCCAAGACGGGCAGACUUGUGACCGAACUGUGCGCGUGCAUCACUUCCAAAGAAUAUCAUUAUGACAACUACUGUUUCAUAAAUAACGCAACCGACUAUCUGGACAUGGAUGGAACACCAAUUGAAGAAUCAGAAUGUAAUAUUAAGUAUUCUGGGCUGGUUGAGAUUGUGAGUGACACCAAGGCAAUAUCUCUGAUUAAGUCUGGCACCUGGAUAACCGCCAAGGACAAGGUCUUGUUGGAUGUGGAUGAGGACUUCUAUGGUGUCGAGGCAUCAGUAUCGCGACUGUAUGGGGUUGGGAUUGACCAGGACAGGGUGGAUGAAGUAUCCCAGAUGGUCGAACGUUUGGUAUGCGCCUCGAAUACGCAUCAAGAGAGACAGACAGACUCGUUUUACAACUUUUUAAUACAAACCAUUAUUGAUUUCAAGAUCGUCUGCUCUUUGAGAGAAAGAGCUAAUGACAGUAUUUGUAAAAAUUCCAGGCAACUGGGCUCUGCUGUACGAAAGCUACAGCCAGAGUUCAUGAAGAAUCUUCGAGAGAGAAAUCUAGAACAGAAUCUAUGUGAUCAUACUAAAAUCAAAUUUGCUCUGAACAGACUCAUUUUGGAAUUCUGUAAAAUGUCUAUAGAUCAGCUGAAAGCAUUGGCUGAAGUUGGAAUCUGCUUAAACCAAAGCCCAAAGACAAUGAACUUUGAUCACAGACACAGUAUGCGGGUCUGCUAUGGAUACAACACGCCUGACGACACCCUGGUGAUGUUUUACGUCCCAUCUGUAGCCGAAAUAGAUAAAAGGACGGAUAAUCUGAAGGACAUAUUAAAACAAAAACAGUUUGUUCCUGGUGCUGUCACAAUCUGUAGAUCUACAAGAGAUGGCUAUACACCAAAGAAAUAUUUUACCAAAAUAGAAUCAGACGUUAAACUUGUACUUAGAGACGCUUUCCCCGGAAUACGAGAGGAUUCGUUUUACUAUGACGAGGACCUGUUAGGAGGACCUUCUGGUUGGCAUGGGAGAUUUCUUGUGUAGACAAAAUUGUAUUAAAAAUAAUAAUUAAAGGAACAGUUCAUAUUCAGUUCAUAUAUUACACUUAACAAUUAAGAAAAACAUAAGAACAUAAAUGAUUUAAGAUUAAACACAUAAAUAAAAUACAACUUGUGUUAAUUCAAACUAAAUAAAUAUUGGGAAAAUGUUACCUCCGAUAUGUUAGCCCAUAUCGGUAAUAAAAUAUACCUUUAUACCUUUUUUUUUUUAAUCAUUUGAAAUAAUUAAAGCUGCAAUGUCUGGUUUCAAUCGUAUAUAAUCAAGUUCUAAGUUCAAAUACAAGCAUAACUGCACUUUUAAUUCACUCGCGAGUUGUCGUCAUUAACGCAUAUCGUCAAAUGCUUACUAGCCAGUUAGAACAAAACUCGUCAUUUUGUAAUACCGAGCGGAUUCUAGCAGCCACUUCCUAGCAGCCA